UCACAGGUGGUCAAAGCUUUGUUUGGAUGAGUUUUAAUUGACCAUCCGUCUGUUCUCUCUUCACCUCAUGACACCUGCAGAGGAUCACUCCGUAAACAAAAGCUAAUCACUGAUUAGACUCAUUAAACAAACGCAGUCUCACGUUUUUAAGGAAUUAAAAAGAGACAAACUAAGGGAGAGAAUGUUCAAUACAUUACUUGUUGUUUUCAUGGGACUCAUUGUUUGUGGUAGCUGCCAGGAUAAUAAUAACACAUCCUAUUCCUGCCACACGGGCGAUGCUUGCAAUGGCCAUACAAGUAUAAGUAUUAUAAACAACGUGCUCUACUGCUGCAACCCUGGCGACGGUAUUAGCAUUGGAAAUGGCAUCAUUCUGAACAAUGGCGUCUACAUCGGUAAACGAACUGUCAUCAUCAACCAACAGAACCAGCUCAACUGCGUCUGCACCGUGACAGACCCCAAAGAUCUCGAAAAGCUCCAAGAGGUAGAAGGCCAUGUGAACGACAUUCUUCAGUCCGUUGGGCAAAGUUUGAACCAACUGGAGAACUCUUUAAACAAUAUGUUUAAAGAUUUUUAAUUGUUUUCUUUCCGUCUUACUUGUCAUGGGAUUGUUAACAAUUGUAUUGAUAUUGCUUCGGAUUAAUUUCGUUAUUAAAAGUGCCAUAUCUUUCAAAAUAAAAUAUUUAUUAUAAUUUUGAA